AACUUUAAUUUAACCGCACGUCAAUUCUUUGUUGACGAAAACAACCAUAUCGCCACGGAUGCGUUUAUUUCGUGUUUGUCUGUAUAAAAGACCGUAUACUCUGAUCUUUGUGUCAGACUUUAACUAACUUUAAUUUAACCGCACGUUAGUUCUUUGUUGACGAAAACAAGAGGGGUUCUCGUCAAUCCCACGUCACUAGAACGCGGCAUAAAAAGUGGUGGAGUGUCGCCGUAGUAACUAACAGGCGUCUGAGCAGAGGGCAAUUUAGCGUUUUAUUUGGUUGCCUUGAACUACUUUUCUUUUGCCAUGAAUUGUAUUGAUGAGAAUUAAAGUACCAGAUGCUUAUGGAUGCACCCAAGCAAAGCCAAGUAGGUGUUGGACCCGCCCAGAACCAAAUGCGAAGAAACAUGGGAGACUAUGCCGAGGUUCACGGACCCCACAGAGCAAAUCGCGGGUAUUCAGGGGAUCUCGACAACUCGCUGCAGCCUCUCCAAGUCCACAACGGUCUGUCUAAUCCACCGCGUGCGUCCACCCUGAGGGAAUGUGAGCUCAUCAUCCGUCAGUUGUACAACACCAACAGUUUACAGUCCCAGCAAAUUGUGCGCUACAAGGAGUUGCUGGAAGAUAUUGUGCUCAACAAGAGAAUCACCCCCGAAAACUACAACCUGACCAAAGCCUUCCUUGCGGAUGAUAUUUGGACCGCCAUUGGCCUCCCGGCGCUCACGCAGGGCCUCAACUCAUCUGUGGCGGAGCGCCAGAGACGGAAUCGCGCCGUGCACAGAAGCCACGUCAAGGGCACGGUGCGAUGAGAUGAUCCAGAUGCUCACCUCUCACCUGCAACUACGGGGACAUGCAAAGUCAGUGUCCGUGUGAUGUCACAGAUCAAACAGCCAAUCAAAAAGCCGUGGAAGAACCGAGAGAAAUGUUUUCGCUGGGUAGAAGCUUGUAAACGGCAGGGAUUUACAGUACCUAAUGUCACCAAAGACACAUAUAUAUAUAUAUCAUUGUCAAUUAUUCUCAAAGCAUCCCCUGAUCUUAAGCCCCCCAAAAGAGCUACGAAAAACUCCCAAAAACCCUACUAAAAAAAAUCAUUUUAUUUAAUCGUAUUUAUAUAUUUAUCAUAAAUGUAUCAUUUAUUCAUAUUACCUUACCAUACUACCAUAUAACCCUAACCCUAAAUAUUUCUGACACGUCACCGGUCCGUACCUUUCCAUUCGCUUGUGAGUUACUCCAUCAAA